AUGGGCUGCAGGUGCACUGUCAUGGCCGCCGCCGACCUGUCGAGGCUGGCGGCGACCGUCGGAGGCCUGGCGAACUUGUCGAGGAUGAACGCGGCGGCGAUGAUGACGACGGCAGCUGUCGGUUCGGUGCCUCUGCGGCCGCGAUCCCGGACAAGAUCGAGGACGAGGACGAGGAUGUGGUCUUGCCGAAGAGGAUACGCGACGACGAGCGACGGCAGCCGAAUAGCCGUCGUCGGAGGCGGCCUGACCGGCCUUACGACGGCCUACUACCUCGCCAAGAAGGUGCCGCCGUCGACGUCCAUCACCCUCUACGAAGGCAGCGACCGGCUCGGCGGAUGGGUCAAGACGGACCGCGUCGACGUCGACGUCGGCGGCACCCGUGGAACCGUCAGCUUCGAGAGGGGCCCGAGGACGCUCUCGUCCCUGCACAGGAGCACGCACCGCUUCGACGACCUUGUGCUCUACGACCUGGCCCUCGAUCUCGGCCUCAAGCUGCACACGCCGCCCGACAGGCCGCGCUACAUCUUCUACCCUGAUCACCUCGUCGCCCUCCCACCCGCCGCUUCCAUCGCCCAGUUCAUCCGCGAGCCGCUCUUCCUCGAGUCCUUCUGGGCCGGCCUCGGCUUCAUCAUCCGCCGUAUGCGGUCCCGCGCCGUGCCGCUCGAGGACAUGUCCAUCGCCGACUGGCUGCGUGACAUCAGCAUGAGCCGCACCGUCGCCGACAACUUCGCCUCCGCCAUGGUUCACGGCAUCUACGGCGGCGACAUAGACAAGCUCAGCGCCCGCAGCGUCUUCGACCGCCUCUACUGGGGUUACUACCUCCCCGACAUGGGGCCCGGCAUCCGCCAGAUGACAGCCCGCGAGGAGGUCCUCAUGUCGACCCUGUCCAAGGACCCCAACGUGCAGAAGCUAGCCUUGCGGCCAAAGGGCUCACUGCUGCACUUUGGCGGUGCCGGCAUGGAGAGCCUGCCGACGGCUCUGACCCAUGCGCUCGAGAGCCAGCCAAACGUCGAAAUCGUUCGGGGGAGCCCCGUCGCCGCCAUCGACUACGAUCGGCCGGCGCGCCAGGUCAAGAUAACGACGGCGGCGAGCCCGACGACCGAGGCCUACCAGAGGGUCAUUUCCACAACCUCGAGCCAGGCCCUCGCGCGCUGCACCGGCGAUAAGCUGCCCAGCCUCGCCGGAACCCAUUCCGUCUCCAUCAUGACCGUCAACAUCUGGUACCCCCAGCCCAACAUGAAGCCCCCGGGCUUCGGCUACCUCAUCCCCCGCUCGGUUCCGCGCGAGCACAACCCCGAACGCGCCCUCGGCGUCUUCUUCGAUUCCGAUGUCGGCGCCGCCACGAGACCCGACGAGCCCCCGGGCACCAAGCUCUUCGUCCUCCUCGGCGGUCACUACUACGACUCGGGCCCGCCGCCGCCCUCGGAAUCGGACGCCGUCGAGCAGGCCAAAGCCCUCCUCGAGCGCCACCUCGGCAUCCCGCGAGACGCUCCCUGCUUUGCCAUGGCCCGCCUCGCGAACGAGUGCAUCCCCCAGCACUACGUCGGCCAUCACGACCGCAUGAUGCGUGCCGACGAGGAAUUGCGCGAUGGCUUCGACGGCCGUCUCGCCGUCGCCGGAGGGUCCUAUUCCACCAUUGGCGCCAUGGGCGCCCUCCGUGCCGGCUACGACGUGGCAAACCAGACCGUCGGCCCAAACGGUUACUUCACCACGGGCCUGGAGCACCUCGAGUUCCCUGCACCCUUUGUCGGCGUGCCCCUUGGCAGGAUUCCCGUCCGGCGCUUCAAGCAACUCGGCUAG